GAGCAAGAAGCACCAGGACCAGAUGCUGGCGAACCCAGCAAUGCAGCCUCAACCCGCCAGUUGGAGCAAUGAGUUGACCAUGUAGUCGAAAUGCUCGGCGGCAUCAGCACCUUCGUCGCACCAGCCACCAUCAGCGAGCAGCUUGACAACUUGAAGACCAAGGUUCGGCAACUACAUCAACCGCCCGACAACGAGGAAAGCACCAGUGCAUUGCGGCCGUACAAGAUGCCAACGUUCCAGAUCGAGAAGUUUGAUGACUAUACGCAUCAUGACCCGGUCGUUUGGUGGCAAGGCUUUACAAAGGAGAUUGGGAUUCAUGAGGUUUCCAAUCACUUGUACAUCUCGGGGCGGUUCCUCUACAUCAAGGGCGGAUGCCAGAUCUGGCUCAACCACAUGGCAACCAUCCAUGACGUUCAGGUCUCCAACCUGCGCAAGAAGAGAUCCCGGGACGAUAUGACGAAGGAAUGGAAGAAGUGGUUCAUUGUGGAUGACGCCCCCGUUCUCGCCAUCAGCCGCCUCUUCGUCAUGACUCAAGGCAACACAGCGACACGCGAUUGGCUCACGGAAUGGAAAAAGCUUGUGGCAACACCCGAUCUCGAGUUGCCAUUUUCGCAUCUGCCUCGGGAGUUCUACAACCGUUGGUCUGUCGCCUUGAGCCUCGCACUCGGUGAUCGAGAACAGUACACGACCUUCACCGAAAUCAUCGACAAGGCGUUUGAGAUCAUCAAGACCAACCGGGCUGCUGCACAUGAGAAGUCAGCGUGGCAGCCAGCCCAUGUGGAGAAAGGAAAAUUUGGUCCGCAUCCACAGGCCGUCUCUGCAGUCCAACCGGACAACAUUGUGGAACCCCAACAUCACGUGAGGGAGAUCGUGUGGCCGUUGUCAGCCGUGAAGCAACAACAACUCCCGUGGAAAAGGGAAGGAGAAAACCGCAUCGUUGGCCGGAAAUGGACAGCCAGUACCAUGGGUCAAGUUCAACUUGACCGAGGCCGAAUACAAGUACCGCAGUCGAUACGGUUGUUGCUAUUGGUGCAACAACGCCAAGCACAAGACCUCCCAAUGCCAAGAUCAAGGCAAGGAGGAUGUUCGACCUCGAAUCAACUCGGGAAACUGAGCUGCACAAGAGUGAUGGCACAAUUGCGGGAUUACUUGCGCACUGCAGUACCAGCUCCGUUGAUGGACGCAGGAGUAGGGGUUGUUGACCUUCGCGACUACCUUGCGAAGAUCAACUGCGAGUUCAAGACACAACAAUACGACAACAACGACACGCCUUUGUUGUACAUACGCAUUCAGAUCGGUGAGGCGACGUGCAGCGCUUUGAUCGAUUGUGGAGCUACUCGCAACUAUAUGAACCAAGACUUUAUGGUACGCGUCGGCCUUGGGCCACACGUUCGGAGGAAGUCGAAGCCCACGCAAGUCACGUUGGCCGACGGUCACACACACAAGUCAAUCAGCUGGUGCAUUGAUUCUAUCCCCGUGUACUUCGCCCCGCAUGCAAGCGAGGUCGUGUCCUUCGACAUUUUGGACACCAAGUUUGACAUGAUUUUGGGCAUGCUAUGGCUGCGAAGCGAGGAUCACCCGGUGAACUUCUACCACCGCACCGUUCACGUUCGUGAUCGGAAUGGAAUACUCGUCACGUGCACGGUGCCUCCACCUCACCCUUCGAUCAACUAUCAUAUGGUGUACGCCUCAAGCAUUCGAGCUUCCAUCACCAAGGACGACAUCGAGGAGAUGGGAGUGUGUUUUCUCCACGCCCUCCCUCCCCAUGACAUCCCAUCGACAGACGCAUCGACGGACUUACGCAUCAUAGAGCUUCUCGAUGCCUACGCCGUGGGUGGGUGGGUGGGUGGGUGGAUAGAGGGUUGAUGAAUGGGGGUUGGUUGGAUAGAUGGGUAGUUUGGUGGAUGGGUGGAGUUUUGUGUCUUCUCG